CGACUUCACCAGCGUUAGGAUCGGCACAACCGGGUGAUCCGCUUUGUGCGUUCCUGGUCGAUCUUUUAGUGAGUGGAGAGUGUUCCGUUGGUUUUCGUUCAAUCUAUGGGGCGAUCAUCGUAAGAGCAACGCAAACAUCGCAUCGCAUCGCAGCAGAUCGCGGGUUGCUGAUCGCGAGGAUCGUUGGGACCCCUGGGAGUGCAUAUCAUCUAGCUGCCAGUCCCGGUGUGGUGCCAGUGCCUGUGUGACGAUCGAGUCCGCCGAAUGAGUCCGUCGUCUGCCUGAGUGAAGCCUAUAAAGUGAAUCGUUUCAUCGACAAGUGCGUUCCGUGCGUUCGUCCCCAGUGCCAAGUGCCUCAGUAGUGCCGCUACAACCGCAAUGACGCCGCUACGACGACGACUUCUUCUGGUGCUAAUGCUGGUGGCCGGUGUCCUGGGACAGCAGGACAGUACCAGCACCGUAUCGCCACAGUCCAUCUUCGAUCUCAACGAAGAGGACUUUAAACUGUGGCUAUCGGGCCGUGAACCGAAAGCAUGGCAAGGUGGCGGCUCUGCCUCUGGUGCUACGACGACACCUGCAACGACAACAGCAGAGUCCGUCUUUCGGACAACGAGCACCACUGAGCGGCCUAGCACCACGACCAGUAGCACCACGAGCUCGAGAACUACCGAUGCUACUCUACCACCACCAACGUUCCCCUCGUUUCAACCGGCGGAUGGUGGAAAAUCGUGGCUUGAAGAGGAAGCACCAACGACACCGAGCAGUGACGUGCUCGGGCAACAGUUCCGUCCGGCCGGUGAAGAUUUCGCCCAGUGGCUCGAGCGUCAGAUGAACAAAGUGCAGGAAGUUUCGUUCGUACCGCAGACGACCUUGGGCGGUGAUCAGGUUCAGGGAUUGACGGGACUCGUCACACGCGUGACGACCAUUCGAAACCGGAUUCCAUCCAGCAGUCCGUUCGGUCCUUCUACGGUGCCAACGUUCGCACCGGUGACGCCCUCGACCGUAGCACCGUUCGCUCCUCAGCCACCCAUCGUGGGGCCCAGUACGGCGAUCCUCGGACAACCGGAUGGACGCCCGGAGGAUCUGCAACAGUGGCUUCGCGAUCAACUGCAAACUUCACAGCAGCUGACGGAUCGGUUGCUCUCCCAGUGGACUCCAAGUGGUACGGUCAUUCGUGGGCAUGCCGGGGAUGGUUAUCAACCGAGUGCCGUUUCCUACCAAACGUCGGCCCUCAUUCAUGGAGUUGGUGGUGUGGCACAUGCUGCUCAGCAUCGAUUUGAUCAGCACCAGCAACAGCUACCAUUCCCCGGUACGUCGCAUUCGACCGAUGGGUAUCUGAGCCACCAAAAACCUAUCACCACCAGUCAUCAGCAGCAGCAGCAGCAGCAGCAGCAGCUUGCCGUUAACUACUUGCCACACGGGGGUUACUACUACUCGCGACCGGUAGCAGGGCCGCUGUUCGGCCCGUAUGUCACUAGCCACGGGGCGCCAUUUUUGAUUAAUUACCACUAAUGGCCCCUGCGGAGUGUGUUCGCGCACGCGUAAAACGUUGCUCAUUGUAACCAUUCUAACAGGUAGAAACAUGGUUGGUUGUUGGAUUCAUUCUUAAGUUUUGUCUCCCCUUGGUUCACUAACAGAAUGCGAGUAAAAGUAAAAUAUAAGUGAAUGUUUUGAUAAGCGUUUUCGUAUUUACUUUUUCCAUAUUGAAUUAUAAACGAAAUAUAGCAUGGUUCAUGAU